AUCACCAUUCCUUAACGGGCGGAGACAGCUGGUUUUGUGUCGUCUGCGCCAAAAAUAGCCCCGUGAGGAGGAGUGACAGAGAUUUCUUGGUGCGUACAUACUGCUGCAGUCAAUGACGCUUCCUUCGUGGUGACGAAACGUCUUUGUAAAGUAAGGAGGUUAAGAGACUCACAGUUCACGAUGGGUGACCAGACCAUGACCUCGCAGCCUCCGAUGGUCUACAACGACUUCCACCACGCCGACAAGAUGCUGCAAGGCCUGACCCGACUCCGCGAGCAGGGCCGCUACUACGACGUUGUCAUUUGCGUCGGGCGGGAAGAGAUCCCCUGCCACCGCGUGGUUCUCGCCGCUGCUAGCUCCUACUUCGACGGCUCGAUCUCAAACGACUUGGGAGGUAGCUCUACGCUAAGAGUAGAGCUACCGUGGGACAUACGAAUAGACAUUGUGAAAGUUCUGAUUGACUUUGCGUACACGGGACAGAUCACGAUCACUGACAACAACGCAAGGAAUUUGUUGUAUGCUGCGAGCGCGUUCGGGUUCGAUAGCGUCCGCGCGGCUUGUAGUGAGUACCUUCAGCAGCAGCUGACCACCUGUAACUGUAUCAGUCUGCACGACCUGUCCGAGCAGUACACGUGUCCGGAGCUGGCGCAGCAGGCCAAGUCUUUCAUCCUGCAGCACUUCGCUUCACUGUGUGGUGGAGACUCCAGUGAGUUUUUACAGGUGUCCAAGGACCGACUUGUAGAAUACAUCUCCAGCGAUGAAGUAAACGUUACCAAAGAAGAAAUCGUGUACGAAGCUGUCAUCAUGUGGGUAAAACAGGAGCUGUCUGCGCGCGAGACCAGUUUACAGGACCUUCUCAGACACGUCCGGCUCCCCUUCCUCAACCCCCGCUACCUGGUCUCGAAGGUGGCCACCGAGCCCAUCAUCUCUCGCUCCGCCGAGUGUAUGAAGCUCGUGCAAGAAGCGCGACAGUACCAAGUCUUCGACUACGACCGUUUCGAUAUGCCCAGCCAACGGUUUCGUCCGCGACCUUCCAGUAGAAUACAGGAAGUCCUGGUGGUCGUUGGAAGUGAUUAUCACACUGCUUUAACCAAUGUAGACUGUUACAAUCCGAUGGAUGAGUCCUGGACUUCCUUAGCGUCCCUACCGGAGACUUUGCGCGGGGAUUUUCCACUUACGGUGUUGGGAAACGAUAUCUACGUGGUGGGAGACCCUUCUGGUGGCACGGACACCUGGCGGUACAACUCCCAGUCCGACAAAUGGGUACAGGUGGCCUUCAUGCCCAGAAGCCAUGGUCCGUGCCGCAGCAGUGUUCUACACGGACAGAUCUAUGCAGUGGGAGGGAACGACGGAGGCCCGCUGGCAGACGUGGAUAGGUACGAUCCGCUCACCAACUUCUGGGAGGAGAUCCAGCCCAUGCCAAAAGCACUGAACGACUUUGUGAUAGCUGCGUGUGGAGGGAAGUUGUUUGUGUUUGGUUGUUCCUCUAACUGGAGCGAGGCGGAGACUCCUGAGCUGCAGCAGUACGACCCUGACCUUGAGGAGUGGAAGGUCCUGCGCUGUCCCUCCAUGCCUCACUGGGACGAUGUGCCCCAGGCUGUCACCAUGAACGGCAGGAUCUACUUUGUACAAACAACCAGCAAUAAGGUGGAUGUGUAUGCACCUCCGAUGAACAAAUUUAGCCAACUGGCGCCGAUGAACAACCUCCACCACGAGGGGAGUAUCGUGGUGUGGCAGGACCGUCUCCACGCCAUCGGCGGCACGGACGGCUCCGACAACUUCACCGAAGAAGUGGAAGCCUACGACGUAAACACGGACACAUGGAACAUUGUUGCCAAUCUAUCGGAUCCAAAACGCAUCCCGUGGUGUACCAGCAUCUUCCUUCGGCUGAGUGGAAACUGAGAUUGUGCUUUCUUCAGGGUUCAGGGUUUCCAAACAAAAUUCCCCUUGCACGUCCAAGACAGAUACUUCGGAGCCCAACCAAAUACUCUAAAUCUUGCACUAUUUUUCCAGCAUUUUUCCAUCACAAAAUUAUGACCUUGCGCUACAGUCUCCUUCAGACUGCAAAUGUUUGACGUCUUAAAACCUUCUUCCUUUCCCACCAUGAAAUUGAAUCUCCCCAAAGUUUAUUUCUUUCUGACCCCAAAAGAGUGUAGCAUGUUUAGAACAGAAAACAUUAAAAAAAGUAAUCUGCACUUGCAGUUCCAAGAAAAGCCACCAUGAGGCCUGAAAUGGACCAGCAUGCAUAACAAAUCUUAUGACAAUUCAUUAAUAGGUUCUCGACUUAUGUCCGCCAAAGUAGGUUCUUGCUAAACACACACGCACAAGUGCAUGCACACAUACACACACACACACACACAUUGGUCAUCAACAACAUGUAUAUUAAAGAAAACUUUUGAACUGGACAUGUUGAACUUUUGUGCACUUCCGUGAUAUGAAACAUAGUUGAAACAUGUACAUGUACAUGGAGACAGCACUGUAUAUCUAACUUUUAAGUAUAUAUAUAUAUUAUGCAAUCAAAGUACCAUACAUGAAUCAUGAUGAUUAAAUAUAAAGUCAAUGAAUCUUUGAGAAAGGGGACAUCUUCAUAGCAAAAUGAGUUUUUAAUUUUUUAUAUUUUAGAAGCAUUUAUUUCUUGAUUGAAAUUGUAACAGUACAAAGCAGACGAUGUACAUGUACUAUCAUAUUUUGAAGCACAGCUGACUUCUCGUUACUACAUGUAAUACUUGUGUAAAAUCACCAGGAAAUUAUUACAUAAUCAUAUCAUGUCACAAUUCAAAUACAUGUCUGUUAAUUGCUGAUAUCAUUUCAAUAUGUACCUCUAUAUGAACAAACCAAUAAAGACAGUGGAAAACAA